AUGGAAGUGGUUGAGAAGGCUGUGAGGGGGAGUAUGGAGUUUGUUGCUGCAAAUGAAAAAUCCGAGGUGAUAUCAAGUGUGUGCCCCUCACCUGCUAGGUGGUAUCCUCCUCCUGUGGAGGUUUAUAAACUGAACUCGGACGCUGCUGUAUUCAAGUCUGGCCAGAUUGGGAUGGGAGGGGUGAUUCGAGAUAAUGUAGGGGAGGUGGUGAUGGCCACGAGCAAGCGAAUGGAUGGAAUGAUGGAUGCGGAUGUCGCGGAGGCUCUCAGUGCUCGUCAUGGGCUACAAAUAGCGCUGGAAGCAGGUUAUUCUGCUCUAAUCUUGGAGGUGGAUUGUUUGAAGCUGUUCAACAGUCUCAAGGAAGGGAAGAUUGAAUCUUCUUUCUUUAGCCAUGUAAGAAGACAAGGAAAUGCUGUUGCUCAUACUUUAGCAAAAAUGUGUAAGGAGAUGGAAGGCUUGAAAGUGUGGCUGGAGGAUCCCCCUCUUGAAAUAGCCACUGCUGUAAUGGUUGAUUUGCAAGAGUAA